AUGCCUAAUGCUGUUUUCUACUACGAUCCUAUCGUACCACAACCACCAGUGAUGGGCGGGGGCUUGGAGGUACCACUGCUACCUGAGAUCACCAUGAAGUCCCUUCCGUUAGCAGCAGAGCCGCUUGUCAUUGAACCGAAACCGGCAGUGCCAUUUGUUGGCGUUAACAUCAAUAAGGAGAAGAAAGACGCUCCAGCUGUGAAGCCUGGACCGAAGCCUGUCGAAAAGCCAGCGGAGAGCAGCGAUGAGAGCUCUUCCAGUAGCUCAGACUGGAGCUUAGAGCCUGCUAAGGCACCAGCAGCUAAGCCACCAGCGGCCAAGGAACAAGCUUCCUCUUCGUCUUCCUCAUCUUCCGAGAGGUCUGACACUGACAGUGAUGAUAGCCCACCGCCAGCUAAAAACAAAACAGCAACAAAAGAGAAGGAAGCGAGUGGCAAGACAUCUAAGAAAUUGAAGAAAAGCCUAUCCCAGGAGGAUGUCAUUUGCUUGGGCACUCUGAAGCGACACUACACCAUAACCGAUACCGAUGAGGAGAGCAGCGAGGCGGGCGAGGACGAGGAUGAGCAGCAGAAAUCCAGCAAAAGUAAAACCAAGAAAAAACCCGACAAUCGCUGUGGAAUUUGCGACAAGAAGAUGAUCUGCAUUAACUGCUCGGCCCAGUAUCAUAGCCUCAAGGACUGUCCAAAGCCACCGAACAUGAACGUUGCUCCGCAGUCAUAUUUCGAGCAGAUGGCCAUGCAGCAGAUGGCCAUGCAGCAAAUGGCCAUGCAGCAGAUGGCCAUGUUCAAUGUGGAGCAGCAACGUUUUGCCGUGCCAGCACUGUCAACCGCCACACUCUCGUCCGCUCCUGGCAAGUCGAAGAAGGAGAAAAGACUCCCAAGAAGACCAAGAAAACGCCACAGAAGAAAAUGAAGCACGACGAUGAGGAGGC